GGAGAGGGAGUGGCAAUGCCCUUAGGCUCAAAGGUGCUUAAGCCCAAGGCCACUAGGGUUUAAGCUCAAAAGUUUUUCAGAAAGAAAUGGCGAACUCCAUGGGUACGCUCUCACGAAGGUUAUGGCGCUCUCUGUUCUCAAACUCUAGGCCUUCUUCCCAUUACCUCUCCGCUAAGUCUAUGUGCACUACCGGAACCGGUCACCUGUCCUCCGGCGAAGCCGCCUCCGAGUCGGAACCAGACUCAGUCCCCCCAUUACCGCAGCAAUCUUCCCCAUCCCAAGAAUCCGACCCACAACAACGCAUGGUUUAUGACCGACCCCUUGAGAACGGCCUCGACGUCGGCAUCUAUAAGGCAAUAGUGGUGGGGCAAGUGGGUCAGAGUCCGUUGCAGAAAAAGCUGAGAAGUGGGAGGACGGUGACGCUGUUAUCGGUGGGGACGGGUGGGAUUCGCAACAAUCGGAGGCCGUUGGAUAAUGAGGAUCCCAGGGAGUACGCCAAUCGGUGCGCAGUUCAGUGGCAUCGGGUUUCAGUUUAUCCUGAGAAGUUGGGCGGAGUUGUCAUGAAGCAUGCUGUGCCUGGUACGAUUCUGUAUUUGGAGGGGAAUCUGGAGACCAAAAUCUUCACUGAUCCGACAACAGGUUUUGUUCGACGUAUAAGAGAGAUUGCCAUUCGUCGAAAUGGUCGCCUUGUAUUCGUAGGUAAUGGUGGUGAUGCACCGAAACCUUCACAGUCUGAAUUGAAAGGUGUUGGCUAUUACUAGAAGAUGAGUACGAGAGCCACAAAGGGAUUAUACAAAAAUAAUCUCAUAAAUUGACGUGGCUUUAUGUGAUCCAUCAGAUUUGCUUUAUAAUAAAAGUAAACUUUACAAUUUGACCAAUCACAUCAAGCAACAUCAGUUUGUGAGAUUACUUUUAUAUAAUUAUUUUGUAGCUAGAGUAUUUCUCCAAUCGGAAAUAUUUACGAGCGGAUGGAGGCAGAAAACUUGUAGGAGAACCCUUUAUUGUUGUACUGCUCUGUUUAGCCUUAUGCCUUCACCCAAUAGCUCGUCUAUUUUGGGAGGCGGUAUUGGGAAUUAGUUUUGUAAUCUUCACUUUCAAAUUGUACGGGUGGAUGUAGAACCAUGUUGACAUGAAGUUGAAGCUGAAUCACCACCACGCUUUGUAGGGAUUGCACAUAUAAAAGACAUUCAUGCAAACAAAACUUGAAUGUUGGUUUGAUGAUGGCCUUUCCAUUUGGGUUCUUGGAAAAAUAGAAGUUCACGGAUCAUGCAGGAUGUUACGAUGAA